AUGGGCCAAGGGGGCUCAGCGGAAGCUCCGCACUUGACUCUCGAACAGCUGAACCACAAACUCGCACAACGCUUCGCCCAGAAGUCUUACACGCCUCUCGAGCUCUAUUGCUUCAAUACCGUCUUCCGCUCGCUCGCCGACACCGAGUCGGGUGUCAAAUACUGGAGCGAAUCUACGCUAUGUCGCUUCCUCGAGCUACCCGAUGCCCUCGCUGUUGGGCCCAUACUGUUUCAGAUGAGCAGCUAUCUCGGCGCAUUCCCAUUUCCGAGCCAGGCCCCGGCCAUCCUAACGUAUGAAGCGCUACUGAAGGUGGUCACGAUCCUCACAGAGAGAUAUGGUGCGGUCAUCAAGAAGAGAAGUAGGGAGAUCUGGUUGAGGGAGCUAUAUCGCAGCCUGGCUGUACACGAUCGAGGUUUAAGGCAGGAUGAUGGAGAUACUGGGGAGAGCGAGAAGGAGACGCAGCCCAGUGCUGGUGGAAGCAAGGGCUUCGCGAUCGAUGCACCCGAAGAAGGCGGAGAAGACGACGAUGAUGAUGACGAGCUCGUCCUUGCGGCUCUAGACUCCAUGGACGCAGACGAGGUAUUCAAGCACGGCGAGCACUCCGAUGUGCACCACUCCGUUAUCCCGACCGACAACUUCUUGAGACUAGUCGAGCUCCUGCUCCUCAUUGCGCCCAUAGAUGCGCAAGAAAGUCUUUCUGCCUUUGCGGGCGAGUUGACGGCCGAGAGGAAGGAGAACCUUAGACGGACAGCAAGUGGCAUUCUUUCGUCGUUUGGUGUAUCAACAACCCAGCCUGGUAUCACCUACCGCACCUUCAACACCGUCGUCUCAUCCUGCCUCCCCUACCUCUUCAACGGCCUGAACCCUCUCUUUGAGCACUUUCUCUUCGCAAAAGACCUCGACCUCUCCAAGCGCAAACCCGGAUCCUCCAGCCCAACCUUAGAGACGCACCCCGUAAUCCCACCCCCAAAACCCGCCCUCGAGCCAGUCCUCCGCGACCCAGGAGAAAUCCUGACCCCCACCGUCCUAAGCCAACUCUCCUUCUUCCUCAAAGGCAGCGACCUGUUCCGCCGUCUGCGCCCCUUGUACAGCGGUAACGCCCACGGCUUCAGCAUGGGCUCCUUCGAAAAGCAGGCCUUCCACUGGCGUGCCCCCACCAUCCUGCUCGUCUCUGGGCGCCUCCUCUGCUCAAACCCGUCCUCCACCCGCGAGCGCGCCUUCACUGACUCCCUUCCCCCGAAACGCUACCCCUCCUCAGCCACCUCAGAAUCUUCCUCUUCGGAUCAGACAUACACAUUCGGCGCAUACAUCCCCGCGCAGUGGAAAGUGUCGCAUAAGGGCUGCUUCGGCGACGCCUCCACCCUCCUCUUCCAGCUCUCCCCAACGCACGACGUCUUCUCCGCAAGCCAAUACAGCGAGGAUUACGUCUACUUCAAUCGCCCACCCACGUACCCCUCCGGGCUCGGCCUCGGCACGCCCGUCCCACGACAAUCCGCAUCGUCGAGCGCGCACCACAACACCAUGCUGCGUCCAGGCCCCGUCAGUCUACAUCUCGACGACGCGCUCGAGUUCGGGGUGUUCACGCACUUAGCCGAGGGCGGCGGGUCGUUCCAUCCGAGCCGCCUGCCUGUGCGGAAGGGGCGUGAUUGGCAGGAUCGGUUCGAGAUUGAGAGUCUGGAGGUGUGGGGCUGCGGCGGGGAUGAGGUUGCUGAGGCGCAGAGGAGGGAGUGGGCGUUUCACGAGAGGGAGGCCGAGGCGAGGAGGAGGAUUAAUCUGGGGACCGGGGAUAUUGAAGCGGAUAGGGAACUAUUAAAAUUGGCAGGGUUGAUUGGGCAGGCGCAGAGUGGAGGGAGUGUUUGA